AUGUUCUCUGUGUUUGGACUCUCCAUCCCCAUCUCGGCCACAGAGCUUCUCCUGGCCUCUGCCACCUUCUGCCUGGUAUUCUGGGUGGUCAGGGCCUGGCAGCCUCGGGUCCCUAAAGGCCUGAAGAGUCCACCAGGGCCCUGGAGCUGGCCCCUGAUCGGGCACGUGCUGACCUUGGGGAAGAGCCCACACUUGGCCCUGUCGCGGCUGAGCCAGCGCUAUGGAGACGUGCUGCAGAUCCGCAUUGGCUGCACACCCGUGCUGGUGCUCAGCGGCCUGGACACCAUCCGGCAGGCCCUGGUGCGGCAGGGUGAUGAUUUCAAGGGCCGGCCUGACCUCUACAGCUUCACCUUAGUCGGUGAUGGCCAGAGUAUGACCUUCAACCCAGACUCUGGACCAGUGUGGGCUGCCCGGCGACGCCUGGCCCAGAAUGCUCUCAACUCCUUCUCCGUUGCCUCAGACCCGGCUUCCUCAUCCUCCUGUUACCUGGAAGAGCAUGUGAGCAAGGAGGCCAAGCACCUCAUCAGCAAGUUCCAGGAGCUGAUGGCAGAGUCUGGGCGCUUUGACCCCUACAGGUAUGUAGUGGUGUCAGUGGCCAAUGUCAUCUGUGCCAUGUGCUUUGGCCGACGCUAUGACCAUGAGAGCCAAGAGCUGCUUAGCAUACUCACUCUGAGUAAUGAGUUCGGGGAGGUGGCUGCCUCUGGGAACCUAGCCGACUUCAUCCCUAUCCUCCGUUACCUGCCCAACACUGCCCUGGAUGUCUUCAAGGACUUGAAUCAGAGGUUCUACAUUUUCAUGCAGAAGAUGCUCAAGGAACACUAUAAAACGUUUGAGAAGGGCCACAUUCGGGACAUCACAGACAGCCUGAUUGAGCACUGUCAGCACAAGAGACUGGACGAGAAUUCCAAUAUCCAGGUGUCAGAUGAGAAGAUCGUUAAUGUCGUUAUGGACCUCUUUGGAGCUGGGUUUGACACAGUCACAACUGCCAUCUCCUGGAGCCUCAUGUACCUGGUGACAAGCCCCAGGGUGCAGAAAAAGAUUCAGGAGGAGCUGGACACAGUGAUUGGCAGCGCACGGCAGCCCCGGCUCUCUGACAGACCCCAGCUGCCCUAUUUGGAGGCGUUCAUUCUGGAGACCUUCCGACAUUCCUCUUUCAUGCCCUUCACCAUCCCCCACAGUACCACAAGAGACACAAGUCUGAAUGGCUUUUACAUCCCCAAGGGGCGCUGUGUCUUUGUAAACCAGUGGCAGAGCAACCAUGACCAGAAGCUGUGGGAUAAUCCAUCUGCUUUCUGGCCAGAACGGUUUCUCACCGCUGGUGGCACCAUUAACAAAGCUCUCAGUGAGAAGGUGAUUCUUUUCGGUUUGGGCAAGCGGAAGUGCAUCGGUGAGACCAUCGCCCGCGGGGAGGUCUUUCUCUUCCUGGCCAUCCUCCUGCAGCAGGUGGAAUUCCGUGUGACCCCGGGUGUGAAGGUGGACAUGACCCCCAUUUACGGGCUGACCAUGAAGCAUGCCCCCUGUGAGCACUUCCAGGUGCACAUGCGCUCUUAG